AUUUUUAGUCAAUAUAGACGGUUUUGCCAAACUCAAAAGUCAAAAGUCAAAGGUCAAAGGAGUCCAUUAUAUAAACCAUAGCUUAAUCAUUUGAUUACUAAACACUAGUAUAAAAAAUUGAACCCGUUAACCGGCGACCCGAAACAAUGACCCGGUCCGUCAGUUUCCCUCUCUUCCUCUUCGCCGUUGUACUCUCCCUCUCUUCUUCUCUCCUCGCCGACGAUCCCAAACCAAUCCGCCGUGAGGUCUACGAAGGAGGUAAGAUAUACGACAUCAGCCAUCGUUACACGCCGGAGAUUCCAGCUUGGGAAUCUUCGGAAGGAUUGGGAAAGACGUUCCUGCGAUUAGCCGCGAGUAUGAAGAAUGGAUCAUUCGCUAACGUAUCGGAGAUGAAACUAUCUGUUCACUCUGGAACUCACGUGGAUGCUCCAGGUCACUUUUGGGAUAAUUAUUACGAUGCUGGUUUUGAUACUGAUUCGCUUGAUCUCCAAGUCCUAAAUGGUCCUGCUUUGUUGGUUGAUGUUCCGAGAGAUAAGAACAUUACUGCUGAGGUAAUGGAAUCACUUCAUAUACAAAGAGGAGUUCGUCGUGUGCUCUUUAGAACAUCCAACACCGACAAGCGGCUUAUGUUUAAGAAAGAGUUUGAUUCAAGCUUUGCUGGGUUCAUGACCGAUGGGGCUAAAUGGUUGGUUGAGAAUACAGACAUCAAACUUAUUGGGCUUGAUUAUCUUUCAUUUGCUGCUUUUGAGGAAUCACCUGCAACACACAGGGUUAUACUUAAAGGACGGGAUAUAAUCCCAGUGGAAGCGCUGAAGCUGGAUGGUGUGGAGGUAGGAACAUACUCGCUUCAUUGCUUACCGCUGAGAUUAGUUGGAGCGGAAGGAGCACCGACAAGAUGCAUUCUCAUCAAGUGAUUCAGUUCUUCUUCUUCUUCUUCUGUGUAAGUUGUUCAGUAUACCAAACUGAUAAUGAAUAAUAUGCUUCUUACUUUACAAGAUCUCAGAACCCAUGAAGCAGAUGUGAUGAUUCAGUUGUAAAAGGAAGCAUACCUUUAUAAACGUGUGAAUGUAUUAUGUAUGACAGUAUAUUUGUAAUUCUGAAGGACAUGAUAAUAAACCUAGACUGAAACAAACGAAUAAUAUAACCACUUGCAGUGAAUGCAUGAAUCUGAUUAGACGUGCGACCAAAAGUAAAUCAAAGGUAAUCUCAUCUCCAUAUUAUCUGAAACUCUCACUUCACACAACAAAGUAACUGCUGGCCCAAAAGUUUCUGUCUUGCAACAAUAGCAUUCUUCCUCAAGCUCUCUUUAUUGAAUAAAAUCGAAAGAAAAGAAGCAUGCAGGAGUUGAAGCACGUUUUCUUUUUGGACAGGGGAAAAAGGAAACACAAUCUGUGUGUUUUGGUUGUAUUCCAUUAUAUUGAAAGAGACAUGCAAGUCCCAUCUAGCUUGCAAAAAGCUAGCGUACUUAGCACCAAGGAGAAGCCUCUGAAUGCACAAGAGAGCGUUCUCGUGGUUCAU